GGAGCAAGUCACAGCUGUACGCCGUGCCGUAUCCCGCUCACUCGGCAUUUCCCUUCGCCCAGCUGGCGGAACGUUAACUGAAAGACUGAUCGGUCGCCCCACCCGAGCACCAGCUCCUGUCCACCUAACAUGCAGGCUACGACCGAACAGCGCCUCACCGAGCACCCCGCCCGCCCAGCCCCCCGUGCCGGGACCUUCUCCUCCUUGAGCCAGCUCGCAGUCAGCGUACAUCGCGCCGGAACCUAACCAUGUCAUCGCACAACAUGCAGACCGCGGGCGCCUGGGGCGGCAGCGGUAGUGGUAGUGGCAGUGGUAGUGGCAGUGGUAGUGGCAGUGGAAGUGGCGGUGGCAACGGCGACUCCCCGGGAGGCGGCCCGGUCCGCGUCCGAAUGUUCCGCAUCUUUGGACGGCGCUCCAGCUCAACCCAGCCGUGUCCCAGCCACAGCAGGACCGGCCAGGAGGCGGCCAGGGACGACCAAGACUCGACGGACUCGGAUGAAAACCUGUCGUCCGCGUCGCGGGACCGCGACAGCAGGGAGAGCCCCAGCAGGGAGCGCUGCCCCAACCGGCGCCCGCGGAGCAAGAAGCAGCCCGGCGGAGGCAGCGCGGGGAGUUCGGACUGCCAUGGAUCCAGCUCGUCCGGCGAUGGAUUCCGCAGUGCUAGCUGCAGCAGUAACUGCCAGAUGACGGAGUCCUCCUCGGACUCAGGCAGCAGCAAGGGAGACAACAGUCCGGGGUCGCGCUCUGCGUCCGGGGGCAUGGGGGCGGCGCUGGGAGUGGCUCUUGGGAUGGAGACGGGGAUGAGCUCGGACAGCGGCUCCGGCGGCUCCUCCGGCAGCGAGCUUGGCGGCUCCAUGAGCAUCUUCCAGACCUGCCUCCAGCCGCUGACCGCCUUCGGGGCCUCGGGGCCGUCCAGCCGAUCCAACUCGUGCUUCUACGAAGGAGAGGUGCGCCGACCCAAGGCCGGCAGCUCCACCCUGCACAAGGUGUUUCAUGGUCUGAGCCUCUCCACGCAGGCUAUAGUGCCGCUCGGUCGUCGCAGCCUGAGCUGCCUGACCCUGGGAGACUCGGUGCGGGAGUCAUUGGGCCUGGAGGACUCGCACAGCGGACAUCAGCACCACCAGCACCACCAUCACCACCACUACCAGCAUCACCACCACCACCACUACCAGCUGCACCACAGCUCGUACACGUUGAACGAGACGGGCACGCCGCCGCCACCUCCCCAACCCCUCGCCCCACCCCUGGCUCCAGCGCAAGCCUCUCGACAGGACGACGCCAAGAAGGGCAAGCGGUCCAAGAAGAUCCCCAAAAGGAUCCUGCGCUCACCGGUGACGUACACGUACGUCCGUGGCAUCUCUGGGCUGCCCACGCAACGUGUGCCCCGCAACCGCUUGCCUCCGCAACCCACCGUCACCGGCCACGGCUACAGGAAGCCUUUGUUGGGCGGUUCCACCUUCGGCUCCGAGCUGUCGCGCCAUGCCUACAACUCGUAAGGUACGGCCCGCAGGUCUUCAGCCCCGGCCUAGCCGUGGCUGCUGGAGGCUCUGCGCCAGCUCACAGCUCCGAGUCUACACGACAGUGACAGAUUUCCGGUUGAAUCUCAUUAAGUGUUCCGGAUUCCGAAGCCCCCACUUACUUUGGACGACAGACUUAUUGCCACUUAAAAUGCACAUGGUACGACCGACUACCGACCAACGUUAACCUGCGCUAUUACGUGACUAUCGACUGAUUGUGACACCAGACGUCUUCACCGAAUUUGUUUGAACGCACCACACCCCGGCACAAAUUGCACUAAAUUGUGUCCUUGUCGCACUCUGCACGCGUGUGUAAAAUUUUCACCUUAUCUUUACGGAGCACAUUUGGAGAAUGCAUCUUGGCGUGCAUUGGGUGGAAUCGGUAAAAUAGAGCUUGAAGGGAUUGUUAUAAGCACAGAGUUUGAAAUAUUUUCAUAACCAAAUAUUUAAAAAUACCAGUUUCUCUUAUUUCUGUUUGCGUGUCUCUUUUGGAUGUUAAAGUGAACACUUUUCGGAACUGUACAACAAAAGUGUAAUUUAUUGUUUUAACUCUUGUAUUUUUUGUUCCUUUUCUGGUGAAUUCUUGCGUGUUUUACCACUCCUUUUUGAGCCAUUAGUUUUAAGGUUGAGUUCCAGACUGAACGUGCUAUUAAGUUUGGAGGACGAUACUAUAUGCGCUUCUAUGUCACCACGUUUUCUUUUAAGUGAAGCACAUGGAUGUUUUAGGGUCACCUUUUAUCUGCGUUAUAGUAAGAUAUUGGAUGUGCAGUGAUUAAACGGCCCUCAAUCCGAAAAGAAGUACAAAGUUUUGUUCUUUUUAGGAUUGUAUAACGAAGGGAAAACAGUUGCAUUUUUUAUGAGCUUGGUAUUAAUUUGCCUUCUUCUCAGUAACUUUGUGUCAAAUCAGUAACAAAAGAAGAAUGUUCAGAAUUAGUAGCUUUAGUGGCUUCGUAUUAUCACGCAAACCUAAAGGGCCAGGACCUCUCACGAUUUUAUUUAUAAGUAGAUUCUUGUAGAUUACUGUGUCCCAGCAGCUAGAGGCUAUUUCACUCUUAUAAUCACCUACUUUGGUCUGUUUCCGCAGCAUUACCCACCCAGACUUUCUUCGAUCCUCAGUUAAUAUAGAAAUUGCUUGCAAGCUUUAUCUUAAACGGCGAAUGCAGGCCGAGCACCUGUUACUGACCUUAAUAGGACCAUCAAAUUUGUACUGUUUUUAAUGAAAUGAAUACUCCGCUGCCAUUGUGUGAUGCCAUGACAUUGUAUCUUGUUAAUAAAGACUACAAU